AUGGAGUUGUCGGAUGAUAUACUCGUCCCGUCAACAUAUCGUAUAUUCGGUUUUAAUGGGACGGUAACCAUCCCGAAGGGAGAAGUAACUCUAAGGGUAUCGGAUGGAGGUGGAUACCUGGAUAAUUUAACCACAUUCUAUGUGGUUGAUGUCGCCUCGCCCUAUGAAGCUAUUAUCGGAAGACCAUGGAUCGCGGGAAUCAAAGGAGUGGCAUCGGCCUAUCAUCAAAGAUUACGGUUCCCAACGUACAAGGGGAUAGCAGAAGUCGUAGGAGAUCCACAAGCACCCCGACAGUGCAUGCAGGCCGACGCCCAGAUAAAUGAGGAGCGGCGAGCACGGCAAAGGGGAGAGAAGAAAAAUGCUAAAGAAGCCAAAGUCGCAGAAAAACUAGAAAAGGUUAUUUCGCAAGCGGUCAUGGAUUACGAAGCUCAAGGAAGCGAGCCUUCAUAUCAAUUAAAGGAGAAGACGCCGGUGAAGGAAUCAAUACCAAACUUCUCGGCCGUGGAACCUACUCGGGAGAUUAAUUUGGGAACUGAAGAGGAACCAAGGGUGGUAAGGAUCGGGUCCUUACUAUCGGAUGAACAGGUAAACCAGCUCGUGGCGGUGCUAAAGGAAAACAUGGAUACAUUCGCAUGGAACAUGCACGAUAUGGAGGGUAUAGAUCCAGAGGUAUGUUGUCACCAUCUAAGGAUCGACCCAAGCUUCAAGCCAGUCCGACAAAAGAUGAGGCUAAUCGCACCAGAAUUACAGGCGGCCGUCGAAAAUGAUCUAAAGAAGUUACAGGAAUCGGGAAUAAUUAGGAAAUCGCACUACCCACAAUGGAUAUCUAACAUGGUCGUGGUACCAAAGAGAAACCGAGGAGUCAGAAUCUGUAUCGACUUCAGAAACCUGAACAAAGCUUGUCCGAAGGACAGUUUCCCUCUCCCAAGUAUCGAUCAAUUGGUGGAAUCUAUAGUGGGGUACGAGGCACUGACGUUGAUGUACGGAUACGCGGGGUAUAACCAGAUCCCGCUGGCUCCCGAGGAUCAAGAACAUACCUCCUUCUUCACACCAAGGGGCCUAUAUUGCUACUCCAAGAUGUCGUUUGGGCUGAAGAAUGCAGGCGCCACAUAUCAGAGGAUGGUGGGCGAUAUGUUUGAGGACCAGAUCCACAACACCAUUGAGGUCUAUGUCGAUGAUAUGCUAGGGAUAGAAGCAGAUCCCGAGAAAGUCAGAGCCAUCCUCGAGAUGCCAUCAUCAGCCACAAUAAAACACGUACAAAAGCUGAGCGGAAGUAUAGCAGCAUUGGGGCGAUUCAUAUCUCGGUCGUCCGACAAAUGCAAGGAUUUCUUUAGCACUCUUAAAAAGGGAGAGAAAUUCAAAUGGACGGACACCUAUGAGGAGGCGUUUCAGAAUAUUAAGCUACAUCUUGGAAGUAUUUCAGUAUUACAAAGACCCGAGCCGUCGGAGGUCCUCACAUUAUACCUCGGAGCAACUUCAUAUGCUAUCAGUGCAGUCUUAGUUCUAAAUGAAGGGAACGAGGAAAAGCCCGUUUACUUCAUUAGCAAGACAUUGAUUCCGGCCGAGAAAAAUUAUACAAGGAUGGAACAGAUGAUUCUAGCGCUAGCUUUCGCCACCUUGAAGCUAAGGACAUAUUUCCAAGCCCAUCGGAUUCGCUUGCUCACAAAAUCACCUAUUGAGGCGGUACUAGACAGUGCAGGCCGAUCUGGAAGGAUCUCCAAAUGGGGGGCACAAAUAAAACAGUUCAACGUUUUCUACGAAAUGAGGACAGCAGUGAAGGCACAAGUAGUGGCAGAUUUUUUGGCAGAUUUUCCACUAAGCAACGAAGAUGAGGUCAAGGACAUACCCGGAAUGGAAGAAUAUCGAGAAGACCCGGCCGAUUUACUCGAUGCAAGUAGCCCAUCACGUUGGGAAGUAUUCGUCGAUGGAGCGUCAAACAAAGAUGGAUCGGGACUUGGGAUAGUCUUUACCACACCAAAGGGACGAAAAAUGGUCCAUUCGUUUAGAUUGGAAUUUAAGGCGACAAACAACGUCACCGAAUACGAAGCUGCGAUUUCACGCCCUGAGAUUAAUCGUCGAGAUGGGCCUACAAUAUGUAAGGCUAACUAUCGACUCACAGUUGGUAAUCUGACAAAUCACAGGAAAAUAUGCAAUUCACGAUCCAAUUCUGCAGAAAUACUGGGAGCUCGCCCAAUUCUAUAUCAACCAGAUCCCCAGCAUUGA